AUGACACCUUCCGAAGAUCAAGGCUAUGUGGCGGCCAUCAGCGCUUGUGUGCGUAGUCAGCAGUGGGCCAUUUCUUUGGAUUUCUUAUCAGAGGCUUUGGAGAAAAGCCUGGAGAUGGGGAACGCUGUCUUCGGCAGCAUUCUGGGGGCGUUGGAGAACCAUGCGAAGGACCAGGAUUCUGAAGACUUGCUCCGUCUGAUGAGAACCAGGCAGCUGGAGGUGAACGGCAUCUCUUUUGGCACUGCUAUCAGUGUUGCUCAUCGAAGUGGCCGAUGGUAUCGAGCUUUAGGGCUCUACCAAGACCUGUGGCACUUCUCGAUGGAAUCUGAUGCCCUUACGCUGUCUGACAUCAUCAGUGCUUCUGGUGCUGGACUUUUUUGGAGCUCAGCCAUGGGGUUCCUGGAGAAGGCGCAACAGCGGCAGUUGCAGCUGGAUGCCCGACAGAGCAAUGCAUGCAUCGCGGUGGGCAGAGGUCACUGGCAACUCUCCUUGGAGCUUUUGCACGCCUGGCACGCGGCCGAGGAUACAGAUGCAGUGUCCUACAACUCUGCUUUGGCUGCGCUCGAGCAAGGCCAGCAGUGGCGCGUGGCUAUCUCGGAGAUUUCGGAGUUUCAGGCCCGAUCUCUAGAAAUGGACUCCUUCACCUGCAGCAGUGCCCUCGGCAGCUGUGAUGCUUGGUUUCAGGCUCUCCAGUGGCUUCAACGGGCACAGUGGCAACACCUGGAAACCUCCAGUGUGGUGUGCAACGCGGCCACCAGUGCCUGCAGUAAAGGCGAGACUGCAGAGGCUGCCCCUGCGGGCCCGGAGGCGGGCCCUCCGGGCCCUGCCCCAGCAGCAAUGUCCAGGAGCAUGGGAAAGACCGUGCUUCGAAUGGGUUUGGGCUUAGCGGUGGCGGCUUGGAUCCAAUGGAGAAAUUCGGUGCUCGACGCCAAAGAUGUUGUCGCGCCGACGGACGCUUCCUUCGUUGCUGUGGACAACCGCAGCCAGAUCUACAGAAAUGACCACUUUCUUUCUGCGGAUGAAGUCGCGUACCUGCUGCAGUUCAUCGACCACUUGGGUGGAUGGGGAAGUAGCGAUGGGAUGGAUCAGGUGGAAUUGCCCGUGGAAGGCUACGUUGCAGGAGCGCGACGAGAUCCCAUCGUCGCGCGGCUGGAGGAGCGGAUCGCCAAUCACACAGGGACUUGGCGACUUGAACAUCGCUGGCACUCAUUGGACUAUGGUGGACUCAUGGGAUUUGGCACCGGUCACCAGGAAUGGGAUGGUUACUCCUGGAAAGACUGGGAGGACGACAAGAGCUGGACAUCCAGCAGGUCAGCCAGCCGGUCCUCUACCAAGUAUCGACCGGAUGGCCCACAUGCGACGUCCAAUCAGCAACAGCCUAUCAAAAAGGGCAAAGGGAAGCACAAGGGAGCUGGAAAGAAAGGAGCUGUGAAAGGGAAUUUCCAAGGACAGAACACCCAAGCGGAGAUGGCAUCACCCUUCCAGCCGGGAGAGGGCUUUGCGCCUUGGGCACCAAUGGAUACCUCGCAGUUUGGGCUCAUCUCAGCACCCCCUGUCAGUCCCUUUGCAAAUCAACUACCAGUCAGUACAAGCAACGAAAAGCAGGAAUUCCUCGACCAUCUUCGCAAGGCCUAUCCGGAUCCAACGACCAUGCCGGAAGAAACCAAGCAAUUCAUUGCCAAGACAGAGCAAGAAACGGGGAGGAUGGGAAUCAAGAACCUGCAUCAAGCUACCAAACAUUUGGGGAAGGUGAAGAAACACCUGGGCGAGGUCACCGACCAGCGCAGAGCGCAUCGGUCACUUUGGAUGGCCCAUCUCUCAAGUGGCAUCAAACUUUGGGAGAAACAAUUAGAAGAUUUCCGAAAACAUCAAUUGAUGUUGACAGAAUUGGCGGGCAAAGCCAGAUCGGAAAUUACAUCCACCAGCCGAAUGAUCCAACAGCUGAGCAGUGCUACAGCUGGGAGUUCGCAACCUCCUCCUCAGACGUCUCAGCCGGAGGCCGAGGAUUUGCCAGAAGAUCAUAUAGACAAAGAAGAGGAAGCUUUACGGAAGCAGCUGCAGGGUGUGCUUCAAAAUUGCGCCUCUUCUUUGGGGCUGGAUCUGGACACCCAGAAGGUCAUCGAAGUCCAGGAAGAAGACGCACUGGAAGACGAUUCCAAGCCUCCAAAGCGACAGCGCUCAUUGGAGCCAUUUGCGCCUUCCAAACAACAGUGA